GCUCUCUCUCAUGGCUCUUCCGUGGGUUCAAGAGCUCCAUUUCCCUCACCUCAACAUCUCUAUAACCGUUGAUCGUAUGCUUUCUGUCAUGCCCUCGAGGCCUGUUCCUGCUAAACUUGGUGACAGCCUUUACCUCUCUAACCUCGAUGAUACGAUUGGAGCACGUGUUUUCACCCCUACAGUAUACUUCUAUCGAUCAGAUAAUGUGAAUUCCGGGCAAAGAUCUUCUGUCAUGGAAAUACUACAGGAUGCUCUUGCCGAAAUCCUAGUCCCUUACUAUCCUUUAUCAGGUAAGCUUAGAGAGACUAAGAACGGUAAGUUAGAAGUGUUUUUUGGAACAGAACAAGGGGCAAUCAUGGUUGAGGCACAUUGUAAAAUGGCCUUGGCAGAUUUAGGAGACCUCACAGUGCCAAACCCUGCUUGGGAACCAUUGAUCUUCAAGUUCCCUAACGAGGAGCCGUACAAAGUUCUUGACAUGCCAUUGGUCAUAGCUCAGGUAACAUUCUUUAGCUGUGGUGGCUUCAGCCUAGGCUUGAGGCUCUGCCAUUGUAUUUGUGAUGGAAUUGGUGCCAUGCAAUUUGUUGGGGCUUGGGCUGCCACAGCAAAAGCAGGUAUCUUAUUAACAGACCCUGAGCCAUGUUGGGACAGGGAACUCUUUCUGCCUCGCAACCCUCCAAGAGUGAAAUUCCCACACGUUGAGUUCAUGAGAAUUGAAGAUGGCUCGAGCCUGACAAUGUCUCUGUGGCAAGCCAAGCCUGUUCAGAAAUGUUACCGGGUUAGCCGGGAAUUCCAGACUCACCUGAAAGCUCUGGCUCAACCAGAUGGUGCUGCUGCAUGCACUACCUUUGAUGCUAUGGCUGCUUGUAUAUGGAGGACAUGGGUUAAAGCACUUGAUGUAAAACCACUAGAAUAUGAGCUCCGGCUAACAUUUUCCGUCAAUGCUCGCCGGAAGCUGCAAAACCCACCAUUAAAAGACGGGUUUUAUGGCAAUGUGGUGUGUGUUGCAUGCGCAUCCAGCAGUGUCUCGCAGCUUGUAAAUGGCCAGAUCUCGGACACCAUGCAUUUAGUUCGGGAAGCACGACUCAAUGUUUCAGAGGAGUAUUUGAGGUCUACAUUAGAUUAUAUCGAAAUGAACAGGCCAAAAAGGCUUGAAUUUGGAGGAAAAUUGACAAUUACCCAGUGGACUAGAUUUUGCAUAUACGAAUCUGCAGAUUUUGGUUGGGGAAUUCCAGUAUAUGCUGGUCCUAUAGAUCUGACUCCUACACCUCAAGUUUGUGUGUUCCUCCCAGAUGGGAAGGCUGAUCCUAAUGGCACAAUGGUGGUAUGCAUUUGCCUGCCGGAGGCCGUUUCUGAGAAGUUUACAGAGUAUUUGUGCCUGAUGGGCAAUGAAAAUUGUACGUAAACAACUUUAGUAUAAAGAUGAUAAUUAGUUUGGGAAUAAAGCAUCAUAGAAGGCUUCUUGUUUAUAGUUCAUGAUGAAUAUAGAUAUUAUUUCAAAU